AUGAAGUUUCUCUACCUCUGGCCGCUGGUGACCGUCUGCUCGGCGGUCGUCACUCCAAAUCAUCAGCAAGUCUUGAGUGACCUCAGGGACACCUCCAGUCACCACCUGGAGAAUGACUUCCCUUCUCUGGUCGAGUCCGCGGAGACCUCGGUGGCAUCCACCUUGCGAAAUGUCCUAGACGAUGCGCUCGAAGCUGCCAGCGAUGCAUGGCGCUCCGCCGCAACCGCGGCGUCGGAGGCCGAGCGCUACUGGCUCAACAACUACUUCUCCCGUCCCAUCGAUGACGAUGCGGAUAACCUCCCCAAGGAUCUCUCCCAGCUGUCCCCGGUGUACCGGCUGUUCCCUCCACGCCACCCGCCGUCUAACAAGACCAUCUACGAGCUCAUCGCCGCGAGCAAGUACACCACCAUCCUCGCCAAAAUCAUCAACGAGGACCAGGAGCUCGUGCAGCUCCUCAACUCCACCAAGGCCAACCACACUGUCUUCGCCCCGACAGACGACGCCUUCAAGAAAAUCCCCCAUCACCACCAUCAUGAGCCGUCCAAGGAGCUCAUCCGCGCCGUUUUGCGCUACCACAUCACCCCGGGUAUCUACACCGCACCGCAGGUCUUCCACAGCCACACGCUGCCGUCGAUUCUCGAAGACCCGGACCUAGGCGACAAGCUCCCGCAGCGCCUGGCCGUUCGCGUAGGCUGGAAAGGCCUAACCGUGAACUACUACAGCCGCAUCAUUGCCAUCGACAUUGCCGGCUCCAACGGCGUAAUUCACGGCAUCGACUCCGUCCUCCUCCCCCCACCACACGCCUGCACGCUUCUCGAGAUCGUCCCCACGCAGUUCAGCACCUUCGCCCUGGGCAUCCUCACCUCCGGCCUGGCCACCAACGAAACCACCACCGUCCUGACCGGCCCGCACGCCCACCACGGCGGCACCAUCUUCGCCCCCUCCAACUCCGCCUUCCAAAAGCUCGGCCUGAAGAUCAACGCCUUCCUCUUCUCUCCCUGCGGGCACAAGUACCUCCGCGCCCUGCUGCAGUACCACGUCGUGCCCAACCGCACUCUCUACUCCGACGUGUACUACACCGAGGACGGCCAGAUCAAGCCCCUCGGCGUCAAGGGCUUCACCCAUCUCGAUCUGCCCACCCUCCUGCCCGACCGCUCGCUGGCUGUCGACGUCGCCCGCUACGGGCCCUACGCGUCCCUGAAGAUCAACGGCCACCAGCGCGUGGCGUUCGAGGAUGCCCUCGCCCGCGACGGGAACAUCCAUAUCGUUGACCAUGUGCUGAUCCCGCCGCGGAAGGUGGACGAUGCGGCCCCGGCGUGGACUGGCAACGAGGAUGAGCUGACGGUGGAGGAUUUGAAGAGUCGACUGGCGGAUGUUGUCGAGGAUGAUGGGGAAGGUGUCCAUGGGGAGGAAUUGUAG